AUGGCUUUAUCCCGAAAGCUUACCCGGUUGUUUUCCCGAUUACAGAAACCAAAAUCUCGACCGAAACAAUUAAAAAUUAAUACCUCAGUAAACUUUGGGAAUUCAGCUGACGACGGCGACGAUCAAUUGCCAACAACUCCAUUCUUUAAAUAUUACAAAUCACCAUCAUCUUCUUCAUUAUAUAAAUCACCUUCUUCUUCAUUAUAUAAAUCACCUUCUUCUUCCACCACUUCGUUAUAUAAAUCACCUUUUUCAAGUCAUCCAUACUCACCUAGACCAAAAUGUUCAGACAUAAAAUUUCUUAUUCCACCCGAAAUUUUUAUAGAAAUAUGUUUACACCUUCCACCAAAAGAUCUUUAUACACUUUCAACAGUUUGCGUAUAUUUUCGAAACAUGUUAUGGUCAACUUCAACUACGACACAAACCAUUUGGGAAUCGUCUAGAACCCAAUUUUUAUCAUAUCCAAAAUUACCUCCACCAUUUGAUAUGACUGAACAAGAAUAUAUUUGGUUAACCAUAUUACCUAAAAAUUGUCAACUCUGUUCGAAACCUUAUAAACCAUAUUUAUAUGAUAUUUGGCCAUCUAGAAUUAUCGCAUGUGAAGACGAAAGACCUAGAUGUAUGCCAAAAGAACUAUUCGGAUGUAUUCCGUAUACACGAUUCUUUUAUUAUGAAAUUUUUAUAAUUUAUUGGAUUCCAGAUAUAGAGAGUACAAAAUUAGAAUAUAAUUCAUUAGAUAAAAGUCAAAAAAUAGAAUGGGUCAAAGAAAGAAAAGAACAAGUUAUAAGAUCUCGAGAUGAACUUCGUUAUUACUUUCAACAAGAUUAUCAAGAAGUUUAUAAAUGCGGGGUGUUUAAUCCUAAUGCCAAACGGACUGUACCUUGCAAAAAAGAAACAAUGGAAAUAUUAAUGGAUAGUCAAGAUAUGUACGCACGUUCGUCUCAUAUAGAUUGGAACGAUAGUGAAUUAGAUGAAUUUGAUUGGACAGAAUGGACUCGGUAA